AUGACGCAAACUCCGAAGCGCCCAAAACGUUCUCCCUCAUAUCUGGCUAAUGCAUCUUUUAACGUUAAAUUACAUCCCUUAGGUGUAAAGCCCGCUGGAAAUGCCUUGUUUGAUAAUGACAUCGGAGUGCUACGAAAAUCCCGAGAGAGAUCUUUGGGUAAAUUGGCCAACUUAGAAGAAUCGACAUUAAUGCGAAUAAUUGAGCUUUUAGAUACACCUUCCGACUUGAAGACAUUCGGCCAUGUCUCAAAAUUUUUGUAUGCCUAUACCUAUGAUGAAGAGCUGUGGAGAAAUAUCUAUGUGAAAGAGUUUCAGAGGAUUGAAGAGUCCCAAAUCUCUUCGAGAAGGCCAGCACCCUAUGGUUGCGAUAAAUGGAGGGGAUCUUGGAGAAAAACACUUCUCAAAUUAAAUUCAGAAGCGCAUAUUACGGUCAAGAAUCAAUUGUACUCAGACGUGCUGUUCCGACCAUACCAGUGUUCUCAAGUCAAUUACGAGUUGCUUUUCAAGAACGUUAUCGACGUAGAAUCUAAAUCAUCUCAGCUUUGCUCCAAUGUGAAUUUGGAUUUUGGUAUUGAAAGAUUUGAUGAAGAUUCUUUAACAAAUGCAGAGUUCGAAUCACGCUUGAUUAACAAACCUUUUAUUUUAAAGUCUAGCAAGACUGCUCGCUGGCCUGCAUGGGAUAUAAGUGAUUUGGUAGGGCGAUACGGUGACGUUGAGUUCCGCCAGGAAGCUAUCAAAUGGGAUUUGAAAACGUACGCUGAUUAUUUCAAGUGUAACAGAGACGAGUCCCCACUUUAUCUUUUCGACUGCAACAGUCCGGCCAUAAAGAAAAUAAAAACCGAAUACAAAGCACCUAAGUUAUUUCAAAAAGAUCUUUUCCACCUUUUUCAGGAAGGUGAGGUUAAAUGUCGUCCGGAUCAUCGAUGGCUCAUCGUAGGACCUGCCGGAAGCGGGUCCACGUUUCACAAGGACCCGAACUACACUUCUGCAUGGAAUACGGUGCUGUGUGGCAUGAAACUUUGGGUGAUGCUGCCGCCCCACGUGAAACCGCCGGGAGUGUCGACGGACAAAUCUGAAGAAGAAGUGACAUGCCCAGUUGGAGUGGCAGAAUGGGUUAUUUCCGGGUACUACAACGAUACCGUGAAACUGGCCCAACAAGGUGACUGCGUUAUAGGAGUGACGUUUCCGGGCGAAUGUAUAUAUGUUCCCUCGGGCUGGUGGCACAUGGUCAUAAAUAUUACGGACUCAGUGGCAUUGACAGAGAAUUUUGUUCCGCCAGCGAUCCUGCCACGCGUUCUACAUUUUUUCAAGAAUAGGCAGGCACAGCUUUCGGGCUUCCACCUGAGGGAUGUGGUCGAAUCCUUGAAUGCCUUUCUCAAAAAUGCCACUUCGCUGGAUAUCAGCGUCGAAAACCUCAGCAAGCUGCGUAAUUUGUCAAAGCAGGCUCAAAACGAGAGGUUAGAAAAUUCGGACUGCGGUUUGAGCAGUAAUUCUUGCAAAUCGUUCCCGCUCUACGAGUUCUUCGUGGAAUUGAUCCGUAAUUCCAAGUAUGCACAAUACUUGCAAGACGCUGUACUCGAAUGUGUUAAAAUAGAGACGGAGGAGCGGCAGCAAAGAGAGAAAACGGUGAAACGUUCAGAGACAUGGGACGAUUUGGUUUCAGAACAAAACAAUGGGUUCUCAUUCGCGUUCGGCGUUGAGGAAUAA